AUAUAAUACGAUAGUUUAUUGCUCGGUUUACACAUGUCUUUGGAUACAGUAUUAUUUAUUAGAAACUUUUUCUAACCUCUACAAGCCCGGUUGGCUGUCGUCGUGUAGUCAACUUAACCUAAUCAUCCUCCAGCUGUCGUAGGAUACGUUUCGUUCGCAUUAAAACAAAAGAUGUCGCGCGUCUAUUAUUUCCUUGUAAAACGAAAGAAUCUUUUGGGGCAACCAAAUAUUUAUCGUAUUUUUUUUAAAUCGAAGAAGAUAUAAAAUGCAUUAUUCGAGAGCAUUUUUCGAGUUUUUUAAAUAUAUACUUCCGAUUAAUUCUGAUUAUACCGGUAGCUUGAAACCAGAAUCGGAGGAAGUUCAAUGGCCACUGGAAUUACUUAUCUUUUUGCGAGGAGACGAUGAAAAAUUAGGCAAACAAUUUGGCGAGCAGCGCACGAACAUGGUCGGUUGGUCUUUCGUGCGCGUCCUUAUUUCAGUGUGCGUGAAUUUAAUGAGCCAUGCGUGAGGAAUGCGUCCCUCGGUUCCGUUCCGAAGCGCUUGACGCGUGAAAUAAAUUCGCUUCCUUCUUUUUCCAUUGACAAAAAAGUCCCCUUUCAUUCGUGGUGCGUGUCACUCUCGCAUAAGGCGAUAAAUAACCUCGCACAAAUAUAACACGGCAUCUUUCCUUUUUCUUUCCUUCUUAAGAGUAAUUUUACUAGACAUUAUCGUUUUAACGUUUCAGCGAAUUACACACGUUUUCGGAAUAUUCUUAAGAAGCGUUUACAUGACUGAUAUUGUUGCCAAUAUUUCAGAUUCUCAACGUUAUCGUCGAUACAAUGUCGAGUACUUUAAACAUCGACGAUAAUAUUGGCCAUCUGAACCAGUUUCUUGAGAUCUUACGUCGAAAAACAUUGUCAGAUCUUGGAACUAUUUUUCACCAGAUUGUAGGGGACUGUAGGACAACUUCAAUGCGUAUUACGUGAUCUUCUACGUACGAUUGGUACAUCCAGCCACUUUGACAACGACAACUCGCUCAAACUUCUGCAAAAGAGUAGAAUACGCCAUUGCGCAAUGAAAUUCGAUCAGGCGUUAAAAUGAAGCUUACUGAAAACCUGGUAUCGAGUUAAUAAGAAUAUCACGUGAUAUGCUUCGUUGAAUUUGUCCUAAAGUCUCCUAGAACCCCGACCUAGUCCCCUCUAAAGGAAAAAAUAGAACAAACAAGAUAAGUAACUUCGGUUUCGCUGUAAGAACAAAGUAUUUCGGGAAUAUUCCGUCGUCAUUCGUAGUAAGGUGGACAUCGUCGCGAACAGCGGAGAAAUAACGAGUCGCGUCAGCCGGCACACGCUGCAUAAACACCGGCAUAAACUCGAUUUGCCGCGAUAAGCGUUCGACUACUUUCGUGAGGCGGUAUAACGUUAAUUCGAAUUCGUAUAACUUGUUUAAUCUAAACGAGGCUUGGUGCAGCGAGUUGAUCGUUAAACGAGCGUGGCAGACGAAGAAGGAGGGGAUGCCUGGUUGAUAUCGAAGCCAAGGAGGACGUAAAUCCCCGCAGAAAUGGGGAACGCGAGCAUUUACGAUUGUCCCGGUGUAUGAGCGUCAUGAACGGGGACGAGCACAUAACGCGAAUGGCAUCUUGGAAACGACAGCAGCGGUGCGAUCGGCGACGGAAUAAUGAAUUAGAGGGCUCUCGGUCGUACCGGGGAUGGCUACACGUGGACGAGGGAGGCCUGCACCAGCGCGAAAAGCUCCGGCCUUUUGGAGAGGAAGCAGGCAAGGGCGUGCAGAGCGACGCCGGACGUUAUGGCCAGCCUGGUGCAAGCGGCCAGGGAUACAUCGACGGUAUGCCAGCAAGCAUUUCGACAUCGUAGGUGGAAUUGCAGCAGCAUCGAGCGUGCGCCGGAUUAUACGCCUGAAUUGCUUACCGGAACCAGAGAACAAGCAUUCGUGUACGCUAUGUCGGCUGCAGCUGCUGUUUGGAGGCUAGCGAGAGGAUGCGCCCUGGGCAGUCUAGCGGCGUGUUCCUGCGCCACUCCACCACGAAGAGAGCCACCGUCACCGUCCGCCUUGAUUUCACCUUCGUCCUUCACCGCCACGUCGCUCUCGUUCGGCACGCUUUCUGCCAAGAACUCGUUCAAAUGGGGUGGCUGCGGCGACGACGUUAGAUCCGCGUCCAGGAUGGCCAAGAGAUUUCUCCAAGGCGCCACUCCUCCUGGCACAGGUGCAACCGCGAAGUUUAUGCACGCUGUUAACAUGCACAACAACCGGGCGGGUCGAAGGGCAGUGGAACAAUCCUUGACCCUGGAAUGCAAAUGUCACGGAGUUUCCGGGUCGUGCAGCGUGCGUACCUGUUGGAGAGGUCUUGGUUCUUCGGGGCCAGCAGCCGCAGGAAGUCGAUUGCUUCGGAGAUACGCAACUGCGGCGGAAGUUCGGCCGAGGUCAGGAGGCAGGCUACCGCCUCUAUAUCAUCACGAUAAUCUGUUGUACACCACGAAAAGCCCGGACUAUUGUCUUCCUGACAAGAAGAGGGGGAGUCUUGGAACUGUCGGCAGGCAAUGCAAUGGCAGCAGUACCGGAUACGAAGGCUGCGAGUACCUUUGUUGCGGCCGUGGACACGUGACGAAAACGGAAGAAGUUUUAGAGCGAUGCGAUUGCAAGUACAUCAGCUGCUGUUACGUCAAAUGCAAGACAUGCAGAAAAGUUAUGAAAACGUACGAGUGCAAAUGAAUGCACGGAUUCGUAGAAACCUCGAAUUGAAGCCUGAUCAAGCUCAAGUGGCAAGAAUUCAUGUAAACUGUUCACGGGCAACUAUGUAAACGACUAACUUGCCCAUUGCGUUUAAAAACAUGAAACUUACGCGGUGUGAUUAAUCGUCGCGAUAAUUCGGGACGAUCGGAGGAUAUCGCGAUUGGAAGCGCAUAUUUGUAGUUAUUUUUAGAGGUCGUUGUGUAAUUAUAUCGAAAAAUGUGGAAAAUGUACGAUUCAGGCUGGUGAUGGUCGAUUACUCGAACGAAUCGUCGAUGACGAAAACGUAAUUAGAAAAUACUUAAUGUUAAAAGGAAACUCGAUGAAACUCUUAUUUAUCCCGUCUACUAUUUAUUGAAAUUUAUGUGUUUGAUACGCUGCGAGUAUAGCACACCAGUGUUGUCGGUCAACAUUUUCCAAAAUAUUGAGGUACGAGAAAAGAUUAGACAUUAAUAACAUCGAUGAAAAACUGAUAUUGGUAUACAGGCGCAAAACCAGACAACACCGUUAGCAGCAUGUUAGACAUAGGCGUGGUUAGUCGCAAUGUAAAUAAUUCGCUGAAUUCGACGUAGUUUGUAUUGAAAAUUAUAUUCUACAAUAAAUAUCACUUGACACGGAGAAGCAGAUUUUAUUCACCUCUGUUGAUCGUUACACGUUUUGUCGCAUUACGAUCUGCACGGUACGUUGCAUUGCAUGCAAUUGACAUACGUAUAAAAUACAUUUCUCAUAAAAAUUGUUAUAAAUUACGAUCAAAGUAAAAACGUACAAAAUUCCACGUAAUUAUUCGAACGACUUCAAAGAGGAAAUGAGAAAUAUCGCUUCCAAUUCUCACGAAUUUUCUAUUGAUUUGUAAAUUUGGUAAGAAUCGUGUAUCGCGCGUGUAUUUGAAACGAUGUCCUGUAUUAGAAGGACAUCGAAACCGUCAAAGAAGAAUUUCAAGAGCUGAGAAUAAAAAAUUCGAAAAAUAAUACUUGACUUAUAAAAUUAACAAUACUAAUUAAUUGUUAUGGCAGAAGCAAAGUAUAAAAGAUGUUUGAAUAAUUAUGAGCGAUAUUGUAAAUGUAUAAUUAUGUAAAAUAAUCGAAAAUACGUUAUAGGCAAAUUUAAACUGUGCAUGUUUAAAGUAUAUAACAUUGUUGACUAUAAUGAAAAUUCUGCAAAAGUG